UCACACUUGCAAACAGCUGUUCAUUUGUCUAAUUGGACAACGUAUGAAUGUUUACAAUUUAUUUAACAAAGUGAUAAAACUCUACCGGCAACUUGAUCUUAGUAAUUGUAGAACUGAAAUGUUUAUAUUAUGGAAUAAUAUAGGACGACAUAAACAAAAGCAAAAACAACAUGGAACCCAUGCAAUGUGACGAAACGGCGCGUGCCUCGAUUUUAGAGUUGUUCAAAAAGCGCGCAUUGUUUGUGCCGAAUGUGGAGAAUUUAUCGCUGGCUCAGCUGCAGCAAAUUUACGAUAGAUUUGCGGUGCCGCAGCCACGUCGCGAGCGUCGUGAACGAUCACGACAUGAUGUUCUCGAUGAAAAACUGCCGGUGGAAAUGGAGAAUUUAAUGCAACGAAUCAAAGUCGUGUAUGUGGUGGGAGAAAAGCGUUCUCCUUCAUCGUCCUCGCCUUUUCAUAGCAGCGAGCCAAAGCGUUUGAAACGCAACGAGAGGGAAGAUGUUGGCAUGUGAUGUAGCUGACAGCAGCUGGUUGCUACGACACGCGAGCAACCGCAAAAAAGGGAUGUCAAAUUCACCCCACCAUAAAGAGCGAGAUGGCAUAAACUAUGGACCAAAAAUGGUAUUUUUUUUAUUAUUAUAUAAAUAAGAUUUGUUAAGACUGAAAUAUGCGAACUUGAAACGUAAUCUUUCAAGUCAAAGAUCAGCGCUGUUUUUUAUCAGUUGAAAGGAGAAUUGAAGAUUUUUCUUUGAAGAAUCGGUAGUUCAGCUUAAUAUUUAUUAUAAAUAAUAUUUAAAUGUGUAGAAACAGUUGUUGAUUUUUACAAAUGAGUCGGAAACUGAGACCAGAUUAUUAAGUUUAUUUUUUUGUAAACCUGAAGAAACUUACGAGCUAGAAUAUAGUCUUAAGUCUUAAGUACGAUCGAUCAUUUUUGGCUUGGACUAGGACACAAAACAGAAAAAGAACAAAAAAACACCCGAAGAGUUUUUUUAAAUGUUAAUGAAUAGUCUUUUGCAUCAUUAGCUUAUCCACUAAAUGAGUCUUAAAUUUGUGGCAAAAAAAAAGUCUUAAUUAUAUUCAUCCUCGUCGCCAUCCUCCUCCUCAUCAUCAUCGUCAGGCUCUGGCCGCUGCGGUGCAUUACGCUCCAGCUGCUGACGCCCCGCGACUGGCAAAUGACGAGCUGGCUGAUAAUAGCUUGGCGACGUCAGCGUCUGACGUUGAUGAUUGCGCCUGGCCGAUGGACGAUAGUACAUGUUGCACUGCAGAUAAUCCUCGGCCUCCUCUUCGUCGGCACCCUCCAUGGACUCCUCAAUGGUGCGCGAAUAAUCCUCAAUCUCCUCGUCAUACAGAUGGGGCGCUCCAUUCGCAAACGAUGCAAAUCUCAUCGGAUCCCGCAGACUGCACAUCGUCUUCCACUGCUUGCAAUAGGGACUCGUGACAAAGUCACGCAACUCGGCCAACGAUCGAGCGGUCUCGUUCACCGUCUGCUGAUAGUAUUCCUCCUGGGUGAGCAGACGACGUUUGGGCGGAAAACGACGCUUGUACAAUCGCUGGCCAUACUGCAGCAACGAGUCGGGAAAAUAGCGUGCCACAAACACGCCAACCAUGAGCACAACACAGGCGCUUGUGUGCCAGCUACUGAAGUAGACCAAGGCGCCUCCAAUGGCCUGGAGCACCCAGCUGAUGAUGUGCUGGGAUCGCGGAUUCUUCGGUGGUCCAAUGCGAUAGCAGAAGAGGAACGACGCCAGUCCCGUGAUGGCCAAAUACCACAUAACAUACUCGCGAUAUGUCAGCAGGAUGACGCGUAUAUUGUCCGCCAGCUGCUUGAGCACAAACAAUCCAAUUGUCCAGCCGCCAAUUAGAACGCCAUACAUCAUGGGACGACGGGGCACCAGCUUCGAGGCAAUGGCUAUCAGUACGAGCAACGAGGCGCAGAUGCCCAACACAAUGCCAGCCAAGUAGUAGAACACACUGUUCUUGGCCAGACGAGCAGCGCUCCAGAAGAUCAAGAUGCCCACACCAAAUUGCAGCAGACGCCACAAAUCGAGUUGGGAAUGUUUGAGGCUCACGUUGUACGGUUGACGCGAGGAGACGCCAAUGCAUUGCUGUUCGAAGGGCGAGAGUUGGAUGCGUUGACGCUUCUGCGAGAAGAGCGUAAAGCUGAAAAGUGAACGUUGCUCCUUGUAGUGUUCGAGCACUUCGCCGGGCGUCUUGCCACCAUAUUCGGUAUAAUCAUCGUUGGCAAUCGACAGGGCAAAUUC